AUGUUUUGCCGGCGAUGCUAUAAGAACAUCCACCCCAUCUACUCACCAUCCAGAGCCUCAAACUUGUCCAACAUGCGUCUAUCUCUUCUUGCACUCACCGGCGCCGCCAUCGCGGCAGCCAGCGAAUACGACCGCCCCGAUUUCACAGGCGCGUACUGGGACGUGAGCGUCUCCACACAGACCGGGCGCCCCGGAUACACCAUCACCGACUUCAGCGCGAGCUUCCACUCGCCCCUCGCCUCGCAGGCGGUGGAGGGGAAGUGCCACUACAGUUUCGUCCCGCAGGGCACAAGUCCGCCGGCCGAGACCAACGAGUGCACUGGUGGCCUGAAGUACGAGUGGAACUAUACCAAUGUUACGUUCCUGGAGCACACGGUCGUUCUUGGAAACGAGACUGUGCUGAUGUUCGGACUGUCAACUAAGAUUGAGACGACGAGGCGGAGUGAUGGGAUGAGCAGUACGACCACAGGCAGCGGCAAGGUGGGUAUCAGCCAUUAUUGCGGGUAUGGAGGGUGCGGGUACGCAAACGGGUGCAUAUCGUCGGAGUGCAACGCCAAGAAGACAGGCGGAGCGUGAAGCCGAACAUCCAAGAGAUGCUGGCAAUAGAAACGGUACUGCGGAAACAUCCCGUCAAGCUGGACGGGCGUGUCGGAAGAAGCGAUGAUUUGGAGAGAUGCCGUGGCAACGGCGUAGGAGACAUAACUGUCAGACCUUUAAGUGUUUGCCAAUAGGACUUUAGCCAAUUACAAUUGCAGUCCAGCUACAGUAAAUCUGUAACGGUUGAGAGGAGAAGCAGAUCACGUGUUGUUGGCGGUGGUCUGGUGUUACUUCCUCAUGUUGUUCAGCACCUAUUACCUCAGCUGCAUCACAAACACGUCAUCAAAACAGACCCCGCAGCGAGCCUUGGAGAGCAAAGAUACAAGCAGAACAAGAACACAGAACAACACAAUACACUCGUUUAUAUUUGCCCUUG